GGCGCGGUCGGUCCAAAAGAGAAACAGUGCGGGCCGCAGGCCGCAGGAUUCGAACCGAACGUCCGCACCGAGCCGUGAGCUGACCGAGGGCGCGGGCCAAUCAGCGCCGGUGGUUCUCGGCCCCCAAACGUUGGGACACCCCGGCCCCGCCCCGCACUGUUGUUUGUGGUGUCGGCGGCCGCGGGAGCCGAACCACAACACUCGCCCGGCGGCGGCCAGCGGACUGUGGUGAGCGCGAGCCGAGGGCGGCGGGCCUCCCGCGGCCGCCGAGCCCGGGAUCGCGCGCCGGCCGGAGCCAUGUCGGUGAACAUGGACGAGCUGCGGCACCAGGUCAUGAUCAACCAGUUCGUGCUGGCCGCGGGCUGCGCGGCCGAUCAGGCGAAGCAGCUGCUGCAGGCAGCCCACUGGCAGUUCGAGACGGCGCUGAGCACGUUUUUCCAGGAGACCAACAUUCCCAACAGCCACCACCACCCGCAGAUGCAGAUGUGCACCCCCAGCAACACCCCUGCCACGCCACCCAACUUCCCCGACGCGCUGGCCAUGUUCUCCAAACUCCGAGCCUCAGAGGGCCUCCAGAGCAGUAACAGCCCCAUGACCGCAGUGGCCUGCUCCCCGCCGGCAAACUUCAGCCCCUUCUGGGCCUCGUCUCCACCCAGCCAUCAGGCUGCCUGGAUCCCACCCUCCUCCCCCACCACCCACAGCUUCCACCACCUCCACCACCCACAACCCACGUGGCCCCCUGGAGCCCCACAGGGGAGCACCCAGCAGAAAGCCGUGGCUGCGAUGGACGGCCAGAGAUGAGACUGGACACUGCUGGGCUGAAGAUGGACGGCAGUCCAGGGGUGUGGGGACGCAGGAGGGCUGGGCUGGGGUGGGGUGGGGGAGGCAACUGGGGAGGGUGGGGGUUUCCUGAAGAUCGCACUGGAAGAUUUUAUAAAAGAUUUUUGUGGGCAGGGGGUGACAGUAAACUUCCUGAGCCACUUGGGCCCUUUGGGAGUUUCUCUUCAGCCAAGUUCCCCUCCCCUCUUUUUAAUAUAUAACUAUAAUAUAUAUAUAUGAAUAUAUAAAUAUGACUAAUGUCUGUGAGGAUGGGGCUGGCAGAGCUGAGGGAUUGGGGCCAGUGCCCCUUUCUCCACCCCAUUCCCCGGGCAGAAGCUGUGAGGCCCGAUGGUGUGAUCUUGUAGGCAGGAGCUGUCUGCUGCCACCUCUCCAGGAUUAUGCUUUCUGGAACUGGCAGCACACCAGCACUGCCUCAGCCCCAGGGACAGGAGAGGGCCUCUGCUCUCCCCGCCCCAGCCAGCAGCCAGCUCCUCUGUGACUUUGGGUCUUGCUACCUCUUCUGGUAUAAGCCCUCCUCUAGCUGGGUGAGGGGCUCACAUGGACUGAAGAGCCAGUGAGGGCAGAGGCUAGGCCACAGCCGUGAAGAGCUUGCCUUUGGACUUAACUCCCAAAUCAAUCAUCUCACCAGGGUGGAGUUUUAAUUUAAAAACGUAAAGAGACUUUUCUAACUUC